AGCAUUCCCUCACCAGAUGGAUUUUUGCUACUGCAGAUCAGCAGAGGGUGUCAGAUCUUUCAGAGUGCACCAGGCUGGAACGAGCAGAGCUUCUUAGCAACUCUCCUCUUUCCCCGCUCCCCAUUCUCGCGCUCUCUUUCUCCCUCCGACAACUCGCCCCCCACCCGCCCUCCGCCCCCUCCACGCGAUUCCGAAACAGCAGAAGAAAGAGAACAAGAAACGAGCCAGUAACCGAGAUUCAGAGCCCAGGGGGAAAAAAAAAGCUGGAGAGGACCUAAGGGAAAGAAACGAAAAGAAUGGACAGGCACAAAACGCAGCAAUUGCGGAAAUUUUCCAGCGCCAUUGGCUCGGCAGUGUGAGUCCUUCGGUCGGGCGUGAUUUCAGCACCGGGAGGAUUGGACAGCACCUCGGGGGGACUUCUGGGCAACCUACAGCUACAGCAAGAACUCCAUCAGCAGCCUCAACAACAGAAGCCGCCGAAAGCCCUGCUUUUUGUAUCAGAAAGGCAAGGUCAGUCCGACACACAGCCAUGCACAGGCAGUGCGCCUGUACUACGCUGCAAACCCUCUGCUUGUUUCUCUAACAUGCACUUGCUUCUAAUUACUAGCAUUGUUCCCUUACUGAUUAGUGAGGACCACUAGACGAGAUUCUGUUAGGUGUGCAUUUUUAAUUUAUACGUAUAUAUUUAACUUCAUUUUUUUUAAGGUUGAGGGGGAGUGGGGUUAUUUUUCUACUUUUUUUUUUUUUUUUUGCUUGCCUUGCACUACGUGCCUGGAUAGUUUGUGAAUAUAAUUAUUGACUGGCGCCUGGGUUGUUGCAGUGCGGGGGGGUUAGGGAGGAAGGAAUCCACCCCCACCCCCCCAAACCCUUCUCUUCUCCUUCCCUGGGUUCGGACAUUGGAACACUAAAUGAACUUGAAUUGUGUCUGUGGCGAGCAGGAUGGUCGCUGUUACUUUGUGAUGAGAUCGGGAUGAAUUGCUCGCUUUAAAAAUGCUGCUUUGGAUUCUGUUGCUGGAGACGUCUCUUUGUUUUGCCGCUGGAAACGUUACAGGGGACGUUUGCAAAGAGAAGAUCUGUUCCUGCAAUGAAAUAGAAGGGGACCUACACGUAGACUGUGAAAAAAAGGGCUUCACAAGUCUGCAGCGUUUCACCGCGCCGACUUCACAGUUCUACCAUCUAUUUCUGCAUGGCAAUUCCCUCACUCGACUUUUCCCUAAUGAGUUUGCUAACUUUUAUAAUGCGGUUAGUUUGCACAUGGAAAACAAUGGCUUGCAUGAAAUCGUUCCUGGAGCUUUCCUGGGGCUGCAGCUGGUGAAAAGGCUGCACAUCAACAACAACAAGAUCAAAUCUUUCCGAAAGCAGACUUUUCUGGGGCUGGACGACCUGGAAUACCUCCAGGCUGAUUUUAAUUUAUUACGGGAUAUAGACCCCGGGGCCUUCCAAGACUUAAACAAGCUGGAGGUACUCAUUUUAAAUGACAAUCUCAUCAGCACCCUACCUGCCAACGUGUUCCAGUAUGUGCCCAUCACCCACCUCGACCUCCGAGGAAACAGACUGAAAACGCUGCCCUAUGAGGAGGUCUUGGAGCAAAUCCCUGGCAUUGCCGAAAUCCUGCUGGAGGAUAACCCGUGGGACUGCACCUGUGAUCUGCUUUCCCUGAAAGAAUGGCUGGAAAACAUUCCCAAAAAUGCCCUGAUCGGUCGAGUGGUCUGCGAAGCCCCCACCAGACUGCAGGGUAAAGACCUCAAUGAAACCACCGAACAGGACUUGUGUCCUUUGAAAAACAGAGUGGAUUCCAGUCUUCCGGCGCCCCCUGCCCAAGAAGAGACCUUUGCUCCUGGCCCCCUGCCAACUCCCUUCAAGACAAAUGGGCAAGAAGAUCGCGCCACCCCGGGGUCUGCUCCAAACGGAGGUACAAAGAUCCCAGGCAACUGGCAGAUCAAAAUCAGACCCACUGCAGCGAUAGCGACCGGCAACGCCAGGAACAAACCCCCAGCCAAUGGCUUGCCUUGUCCUGGGGGCUGCAGCUGCGACCACAUCCCAGGGUCGGGUUUAAAGAUGAACUGCAACAACCGGAACGUGAGCAGCUUGGCUGAUUUGAAGCCCAAGCUCUCCAACGUGCAGGAGCUUUUCCUGCGAGAUAACAAGAUCCAUAGCAUCCGAAAAUCGCACUUUGUGGAUUACAAGAACCUCAUUCUGUUGGAUCUGGGCAACAAUAACAUUGCCACUGUAGAGAACAAUACUUUUAAGAACCUUGUGGACCUCAGGUGGCUGUAUAUGGAUAGCAACUACCUGGACACACUGUCCCGGGAGAAAUUCGCCGGGCUGCAAAACCUCGAGUACCUGAACGUGGAGUACAACGCUAUCCAGCUCAUCCUCCCAGGUACCUUCAAUGCCAUGCCUAAACUGAGGAUCCUCAUUCUCAACAACAACUUGCUACGGUCCCUCCCCGUGGACGUGUUUGCUGGGGUCUCGCUCUCUAAGCUCAGCCUGCACAACAACUACUUUAUGUACCUCCCGGUUGCAGGGGUGCUGGACCAGUUAACUUCCAUCAUCCAGAUAGACCUGCACGGAAACCCUUGGGAGUGCUCCUGCACCAUUGUGCCUUUCAAGCAAUGGGCAGAACGCCUGGGUUCCGAAGUGCUGAUGAGCGACCUCAAGUGUGAGACACCGGUGAACUUCUUUAGGAAGGAUUUCAUGCUCCUCUCGAAUGACGAGAUCUGCCCCCAGCUGUACGCGAGGAUCUCGCCCACGUUAACUUCACAAAGUAAAAACAGCACUGGGUUGGCGGAGACCGGGACACAUUCCAACUCCUACCUAGACACCAGCAGGGUGUCCAUCUCCGUGUUGGUCCCGGGACUGCUGCUGGUGUUUGUCACCUCCGCCUUCACUGUGGUGGGCAUGCUCGUGUUUAUCCUGAGGAAUCGAAAGCGGUCUAAGAGAAGAGACGCCAACUCUUCGGCGUCCGAAAUUAAUUCCCUACAGACAGUCUGUGACUCUUCCUACUGGCACAAUGGGCCUUACAACGCAGAUGGGGCCCACAGAGUGUACGACUGUGGCUCCCACUCGCUCUCAGACUAAGCCCCCAACCCCGCUAGAGUAGGGGAGGGGGAAGGCGAAGCUCCCCCUUCCCCCCACGCUGUCGGCAUCCCGGGGUCAGAAAAGCCGGGACCCCACUCCAGUGUGCCCCAAGGCUCGAUGGACAUAAAUAAAUAACUGUGAACUCGCUCAACUGAGAUGAUCUGACCCCGUAGCUCCCUUCUGGAAACAAAGAGCAGACUGUAGCUGGGAGAGCGCUGCCAAACCGCUCUUUGCUGAGAGCCUCUUUUGACAAAGCCCAGCAGGGGCCCUGCUCCAAGAACCGACAGUGCCCUUCCCCUCUGAGGAGGGGCUGGUGGGGAUGGCUGUCGUGGUCCCACACAUAUAUACAUUUACCCACAUCUAUAUAGAGAGAUAGAUAUCUAUUUUUCCCCCGUGGAUUAGCCCCGCGAGGAGGGGGGGGCGUGAUAGUUCCCUGUUGCCUACGCAGGGAUGGGCAGUUGCACGAAGGCAUGAAUGUAUUGUAAAUAAAUAACUUGGACUCCUGAGAAAAACAAAAAGCGCUGCAUGGCUCGCAUGGAAUCCACGCGCUCCAGGGACGCUGCCCUCCCCGGCGACCGGAGAGAGCGUCACGUUCACAGCACCCGCCCUCUUACCUGAUAAGUCCCAUCGUAUCAAACUUUCUAUAAACAAAGUACAGUAUAAUCAGAAGUGCCAUUUCACCAUUAUUUGUGAUCGGUAGGCAGUUCAGAGAGUACGUUUACUGUGAAAAAAAUGUUAAGGUUUUAUUUAAGACAUUUGCAUGACUACUCAUUAGCCCAUUUUAUGAGUUAAAAAUGUAUUUUGUUAAGAGACGUUUUAUGGGUUGUUUUGGGUUCAUCCUUUUAUUUUGAUGGUGAUGUUUACUUUUUUUUUGGAGGGGGAAUAUUUUUCUAUACAUAUCCAAUAAGGCCUUCCAUCUGAAUGUAAAAUAAGUACCCAUGAUUUCUAUUAUAGUAUCUGGUGUAAUUAUUUAAAAAAAAAGGAAAGAUUUUGAGGCAGUUAAGCAUGACCAAUUAAUGUCACUCUAGUGCUUAGGCUGCGAUCUUAAAACGGUAGCAAUUCUGUGCUGGUGUAACUCUGACUUACAAAGUAGGAAAAAAAAAGAACGGAGGAAGCACGUGAAACUUACUAAUUCUAUUCGAGGAUUUUAUAAUGGCAUAUUUUUUCAGUAUUAAAGUGAUCAUGUUUUCAACUCUGGGUCCUUACAUUUUUCCAGCUUCAUAUUUGCAACUGGUAAACUGCAUGUACGGUGGAAGGGACGGGGGAGGGGGACGGUUGAGGGUGGAUCCCCUUCCAGAGCUACUUUAAGGCUCUUUCUCUAAGCCUCAUACUUUGCUUUUUACCUUUCAUUAGUACCCCUCCCCCUCCAUCCCCGCCCGGACUUUUCCAGCUUUCCCCGCGGAUUAAGUAAGGUCUUCCCCCAAUAGCGCCCUCCAUUUUUUUCCCCUUUUCCCUUAUGCGGCAGUGAAUCCCUUUAUUAAUACUGGAAAUCCCUCCUGCUGCUUCCGCCGCGGCUGCUGCUGCUGCACACACUGCAGAUAUAUUAAGGAUGUUAGUAAAGAUUUGAUGUAAUUGACUCUGCCUAGAUCGGUCUCCUUAAACACAGUGGAGAUUUCAUUGGUCAGCAGUCUUCAAUGAAAGACAGCGUUAAUGCCUGGCAUUUGAGAUGCUGCUGGCGUUUUGAAUUCAACAUCUGCUGAAAACGGUGAAGCUAAUUAAUGCCCACCCACCCUCCCCGCCCCAGCAACCGCAUAUUGAAAUUUGUUAAAACGCUCAUCUUCAUGGAAAUCAAUCAUUAUCCAAAAGAAGAGUUUCUAUCCCAUCAUUCGGGUCUCUGCUUGUGACCUAGUAGUUCACAAGAAAAGCAUUGAACUAUUUGGAUAUUUUGAGCCAGUGUUACUCUGGCUUCAGAUCAUAUUCCUCUGGGAUUCACAUAACUACACAUGUUGAUGGAGUCUGCAUUCCACCACAUCUUCACCACUGAGGAUUAUUAAAAGAUGGCAGACCACAGAUUAAGAAAAAAAAAAAUAUAUAUAUAUCUCAGCUAAUGAAAGUAAAUCAGCUAGUGAAAGCCCCCAGAGUGGUUGUUAAGAUUUGCUUUCUAGAAAUCAUGUUCUAAAGAGAAGGAAUUUCCCAGAACAGUGAUACAAGUGGUGUUCUGGAGUAUGUAUUAUUUAUUUUAACAUUUUUAAAAUAAAAUCUUUAUUAUAAACCAUGACUACUCCUAAGGCCAUUCAUCAUUUUUUCUCUCGAUUCUUUUGUUGGUGGACUACAUUUCAUAGUGGUAAAAUCAAAAUCUACAAAUAUGGGUUGCUCUUUCUUUCUUUCUUUCUUUAUUAUUCAUAUGAAGGCCUUACUUCCUUUUAUGAAAAUAAAGUACAACUGGGUUCCUGAGGAGCAAUGGGAAGAUUUAUUUGUGAUGGAAAAGUUGGGGAAGAGGAAGAUGCAUGUAUUCAACAAUAUUAUGACCUUAAGGCAAAGAAAACAUGGGCAGAUGUUCUAAGUCUCUGGUGGAAAGUAACACUUAAGAGAAGAUACUUAGUGAGGCGCAGUAGUAACUUUUAAAGCUGAUGUAUGAUUAAUGUAAGUCAGGAAAUUAGAACUUCUCUGAGAAGGUGUGCACUGGGCAAGACCUUUUCUUCAUACUGAUUAAAAAAUAAUUACAUUAUUGAAGACAAGGUUAAAGGGGUAAACUUGUUCAAAUAUUAGCUUCAAUGGUUUUUGAGUGAUCAGUGUGUACCAGGCGCGUGCUAAGUGUUUACAUAAUUAUUUAAUUUAACUAUCACAACCAUGGAAUAAUUUAAUAACAUAUUACUGUUUCCAUUAAUACCAAUGAGAACAUUGAAGCUUAAGGAGAAAAGGCAAUAACUCAGAUCAUACCUGUUAUAUGGUGAAGCUGGAUUUAAACUUCAACACCUCAUUCUAUGAAUAGAGUAGUCAUAUAUAAUUACCUGGUGACCUUUUAAAAUUCAGAAAUAUAUUCAUAUAUAUUCAUAAAGGACUAUAACUAAUUAGGAACCCAGGUUUUGCCUUCUUAAUUGAGUAUGCAAUGGUGAUCCUUUAUAUAUCUAAAAUGUCUGGCAAGAAAAGAAAGUUAUCCUGCAUUUAGAAGAGAUGUUCUUCAAUAGUUUAUAAGAAGACUUAACAGAUACGAAAAAAGAUAAAUGUGCUAUAUACAUGUACAAAUUAUAGAAAUUCGUGUCAAUAAAUCUAAAUUAUCUAUACAGUGAUUCUAAAACACUAGGAUCAUCACAUAUUUUAAUAUGUAAUAAUACAUGUUAAACUUUAUAUAGAAAAGAUGCCCAAUGAUUCAUAUGAAAAACAUACAUUAUUUAGACAAAGUUUUAUUUAUUUUCAUAAGUACCUCUUUACAGUUACAUAUAUAAACUUUUAUAUAUGUUUAUAAUAGUUUGUUCUGAAUGAUACAUACUGCCUAAGGCCUCACCACAUAACUAUUAUUUAGAUGUACUUAGCUUCUUGUUUUGGUUUUGUCUUCCCAUAAAAUACUCAUGUAACUGUAGUUGUCAUUUGCUUUAGUUGAGAUAUCUUGUUUCCAGUCAAAUCAUCCUUUAAUUCAUCAAAGCAAAAUAGAUUUUAGUUGUGCCAGAUGAAAUGGAGGGAAGAGAUACCUUGUUUAAUUCCAUUGCUUCGAAGAAAGUAGUAGCUUCUGUUGCUGCUGCUAUAAUUAAGAGUGUCUUAGAAUUUAAGUUGUUGCCAUAGAAAUUUAUUGCUUAUCCAUUUUUACAUGUUUAUCCAGGAGGAAGCCAGAAUGGUUUAUCUAACAUUAACAUAACAGGGUUGUUUUUCUUAACAGUAGUUAUAUUAAAUGUAAUUAGAAUUGUCAGGCAUUUUAUUAAGUAUUAAAAUUAUGUUGGUGAUUCCAAGGACAGUUUGUUAAUAUAGCUUUCCCUAAGUUGCUAAUAAAUAUUAUGUGGUAUGUACACAGAGAUGGAUGAAUUUGCAGGGAUGAACACAGAAGUACAUGUUUUCAAUGUGUUGGUAGAAUAUUAGAGUGUUUUCUAAUUCUGGUCUUCUGCUGACUAAUUUAUUAAUAUUAUUUUUAUUUGUAUGCUUAUUGGAAGAAAAAAUAGAAAUAUAAGAUGUGCUAAAAAUUUAAUUUUAGCAUGUAUUAACUUUUGGUUCAUUUUCUCUUGUUUUCAGCCUAUUCCAAAUGCAACAGAUUAUUUAAUUUUUAGAAGGUGAAUUCUGUAUAAUAUAAACAGUUACAGGAAAUGCAAAAUUAAGAUUUUUGUUAUAUGAUCUGUUUCAAUGUGGCCUUGAUCCAUAAAAAAAA